AUGUGUUCACCUGAUAUAAAUUCAACGAAAUACUUUACCAUUAGCCCUGAUUUAACACCAGUUGAAGUUAAAUUUUACACAGAAAAUACAUUUCCUGCUCAUCAAAUUAAUCUAGAAAAUUUAACACAAAGAAUCAAUAUCAAUGAAAUUUCGUUGUCAGAAUGUAUAAUUAGUGAUUCAAUAUUUUCUGAUAUUUUCCAUGACCAAGUUGGUGGUGCAAUCAAUAUCGUUACAUCGAAUAUUAAUUUGAAUAUUUCAUAUUGUAUUUUUGAUAAUCUUUCAACAUAUUCAUUAUACAAUAAUGUUGAAGGCGGAGCUAUCUAUUUAUGCACACUUACAGGAAACGUUUUAUUAGAUAGGCUUUGCAUUCGAAAAUGUUCUGCAUUGGAUUCUAGUCAUUUUAUUUAUGCAAGAAUUCGUUCUAUAAACGAAACAUCCUUCAUAUUUAAUAAUUCAUGUGUAAUUAAUUGUCCAAAGCAACCGGAAUAUAUUGGACAAACAAUGGAAGUUCAUGCAUCAUCAAUAUUCAAUCAUUUGAACUUUUCAAACAAUCAUCCAGAUAAAUAUGCAAUUUUCGACAAUUCAGAGACUAAUGAAAAGAAUUUAACUCAUGUAACAGUUGUUUCCAACACUCUUAUUUAUAAUAAUUCUAUAAAUAUGUAUUCAUUGAUGCUUUGUCCACAUACAUUUACUAUUUCUCGAGUUAAUUUCAUCCAAAAUUUCAACAAUUUUGAAAACAAAACAGAUUACUUUAUAGGUUUCCAAUAUAUUCAUCCAUCGAAUCUAUAUUUUGAUAGAAAUGUUAACUUUAACGAAACAGAAUCGAGUGAAAUUAAUAAUAUAACAUUUGAAGAUUAUUGCUACAGAGAAAAACCAAAAGAAAAUAAGAACCGAAAAUAG